AUGCGAGGAAUGUUGGGCUUGGAUACCCGGUGGCCGGUGUUGUGGGGUGAAUGUAAGCUGAGAACUUUUCCCUCCGAACAGUUUAUACGAAGUUUGGAUGUGUCACAACGGGAGCAACUUGCAAGCAUCAUCACCGAAGUGGAGGUUUGCGUUUUGCUUUCUUUCGGAUCAGGGCGGCUGGAAGGAUGGAAUUUAAGGCUGGAAGGAUUGAUGAAUCAUUGGCAUACUGCUCAAAUGGAUCCAACUCCGGCCCUGCUGGUUGAUUGUCGCUUUCUGAAUAAACUUUCACCGCAAGCAUUGUCACAAACUCUCUGCCAACUGAAUUAUUUGGCCAGUGAAAAUCGUGAUCGACAUCGCUCCUGGCCUCUUUUCUACUGUAAUUUCGAUACAAGCAACGAAAAUAUUGCUGAGGAACAGAAUAGGUAA